AUGAAUAGGAUGUGGAAACGAGAGUCAAUACUUUGGAUAUAUUACAUACUUUUAUUUGUCCUGAAUGAUGUUUCAGCGUCAAACAUCUGUACGUCCAGAGGAGCUAGCACAUGCCAGCAGUGCCUGGCAGUGCAUCCUACCUGCGCGUGGUGCGCUCAAGAGGACUUUGGGCAGGGGGUACCCGGCUCUUCUCGCUGUGAUUUAAAGAAGAACCUUCUAGAAGCAGGAUGUACGAAGGGCUCGCUGGAGUAUCCUGUCAGUCAGAUGACUGUUAAAGAGAACAAGCCUUUGAGUGACAAGGCAUCUGGAUCGACCACUGAUGUCACGCAGAUCCAGCCCCAGCGGAUGCACAUCACCCUCAGACCGGAUGACUCCCAGCGGUUCACCGUGAAGGUUCGGCAGGUGGAGGACUACCCCGUAGACCUGUACUAUCUGAUGGACCUGUCCUACUCUAUGAAUGAUGACUUGUACCGUCUGCGGACCCUGGGGAAAGGCCUGGCCGAAGCAAUGGGGAAGACCACCAGUAACCUCCGGAUGGGCUUCGGGGCUUUUGUGGACAAGCCCGUGUCCCCGUAUAUGUACAUUUCACCCCCAGAGGCAGUGCUCAACCCCUGCUUUGGAAUCCCAUACAUCUGCCAGCCUCAGUUUGGCUACAAACAUGUGUUAUCUUUGACGGAGGAGGUGAGCCGCUUCACAGAGGAGGUGAAGAAGCAGAAGGUGUCACGGAACAGGGAUGCCCCCGAGGGAGGAUUUGACGCCAUCAUCCAGGCAGCAGUGUGCAAGGAGAAGAUUGGUUGGCGCCCAGGUGCAUCUCAUCUUUUGGUCUUCACCACUGAUGCCAAGACUCACGUGGCACUGGAUGGCCGCCUGGCGGGCAUUGUUCAACCCAAUGACGGUCAAUGCCAUGUGGGCACUGACAACAUCUACAACAUGUCCACUAUAAUGGACUACCCUUCCCUGGCACUGAUAACAGAGAAGAUGUCAGAGAACAAUAUAAACCUCAUCUUUGCCGUGACCAGCUCUGUUGUACCACUUUACAAGAACUACAGUGAACUGAUCCCUGGCACUGCAGUUGGUGUGCUCUCUGAUGACUCAGGCAACGUGAUCCAGCUGAUCCAAGAUGCCUAUGCUAAAAUCCGCUCUAAGGUGGAACUGGAGCUGCUGGGGGUGCCUGAGGAGCUGAGUCUGUCUUUCAACGCCACAUGUCUGAACGACGAGGUCAUUCCUGGGCUCCGAUCCUGCUCGGGACUCAAGAUAGGCGACACUGUGUCUUUUAGCGUGGAGGCUCGAGCCACCGGCUGCCCCAAAGAGAAGCGAAAGACUUUCACCAUCAAACCCGUGGGUUUCAAAGACUCGCUGCAGAUAACCGUCACUUUCGAGUGCGAGUGCAAAUGCCAGGCCUCCAGCGAGCCCGACAGUUCGGCCUGUCACUACGGCAACGGCACCCACGAGUGCGGCAUCUGCCUGUGCCACCCGGGGCGCCUGGGUCCCAGGUGCGAGUGCGCGGAGGGCGACUACAACCCCAUGGAGCAGGACACCUGCACCGGGCCGGACAAGGUGGUGUGCAGCGGCAGGGGGGACUGCGUCUGCGGACAGUGCGUGUGUCACAACAACGACUUCGGGAAAGUGUGGGGGACCACCUGCGACUGCGACGACUUCAGCUGUUUGAGGUACAAAGGAGAGCUUUGUUCAGGUCACGGAACGUGUUACUGCGGCUUCUGUAGGUGUUUUCCAGACUGGAAGGGGGAAAACUGUAACUGCUCCACCCGUACGGACACCUGCAUGUCCAGCAUCGGGCUGCUGUGCAGCGGGCGUGGUCAGUGCGUGUGCGGGAGCUGCGAGUGUACGGAGCCCGGGGCCUACGGAGCCACCUGCGACAAAUGCCCCACCUGCCCGGACGCCUGCACCAUGAAAAAGGAGUGCGUGGAGUGCAAGCACUUUUCCCGAGGAAAGCUCUUUGAGGAUGAGACGUGCGCCCGCAUCUGUCGGGACGAGAUUCAGCUCGUCGAUGACCUGGUCCUUCACGAUAAGAAUGCAGUGAACUGUACCUAUAAAGAUGAAGAUGACUGUGUACAGAGGUUCCAGUACUACGAAGAUGCCAGUGGAAAAUCUAUUCUUUUUGUGGUCAAAGAGCCAGACUGCCCUAAGGGUCCUGACAUCCUAGUGGUGCUCUUGUCUGUGGCUGGGGCAAUCCUCUUCCUGGGUUUGGCCACUCUCCUUAUUUGGAAACUGCUGGUCACCAUUCACGACCGCCGAGAAUUCGCCAAGUUCGAAGAGGAACGGGCGCGUGCCAGAUGGGACACGGGUAACAACCCCCUCUACAAAGGUGCUACUUCCACCUUCACAAACAUCACCUACCGUGGCAACAAGGACUGACAGCAUCCC